AUGCAGACUCCACACAGAAAGGCCACUGGGCGGAGUGGAACCAGGACCUUCUUGCUGUGAGGCGACGGUGAUAACCACCACACCACCGUGCCGCCCUACAAACGACACAACAACGCUCCGUUAUUACAUUCAUCCGUGCUCUAUUAAUUCUCGUUCUUUUUUUUCUUUGAAGGUAAUAUAUAGACAAUUCAUGAGAAUAAGGUUUGGAGUGUCAUGUUAUUCCUUUCCUUUAGCUUUUUAAUAACUCAGGAAUGUGGAUGUUUUCCCACUUGAAUAAGAACUGAUGGACCUCAAGAACAAAACUGAUUUAUUUAAAAACGAUUGAGUACAUUUAGCAUGUUAUAGUUAUAGCAUGUACCAAACUUGAUUGAAAAAGAGCAAAAACAGAACGUGAAAGUUUCGGCAACAUCCGGGACCUUCCAAGGACGGCGGUUUAAUUGUUUGAAAGGUGCAGCCAUGGCAACGACGACAACAUGUCCGGGGGAGCGACACGUCAUGAAAAUAAAGAGCCACCUACAGUGAAGGACAACAAGCUGCAGAAUGAAGAAGCUGGUGUCCUCCAGUGGGAAGCGGCGCCACAGCAACAAGUCCGCGCGCUGCUCUCUAAAGCCGAAGACCAACUUCCGUUGGAAAUGACCAAGAUUCUGGGCUUCAGCAACGCUCACGUAUGUAUGAAGGAAGCUGCCCUGCUGGAUUACUAUGUCUGUGGUCUCUGGUGGGCAAAAGAGACCAACUUCACCCCUGAACAGACCUCUUUCUCCAUGGCUGUAAUGCAACGGCUGCUGGAUAACAUAAGAGAGAAACGGAUGCCUUUAGUUGAGAACUUGAUGGAGUUUGCUAAGGCUCUAGGUGCUGCCAGCCAGUGCCGGACUUCAGAGGAAUACACGACUCCACUUCUGGAGGAAGAAGAAGCUAGGGAGCUCAUAACUUACAUCAGAAACAGUCUGUUUCAGAAGUACAGACUCUAUGAGCUCCUCUUCACCACAUCCAGAGAGGAGUUACUGACAGGCACGGAGAGGACCAUCGAGGUGUUUGGCUGUCAAGGUGUUCAAGGCCUUCCCACUCACCUCUACUCCCAGUAAGUGGCUCUGCUCCUGGGAUCCGGGCGGAUGGAUGGAUGGCAUCAAUACGAGCUGGGACGUGUGAUUCCUUCGUUUUUAGUACAUUGUUAACAAUGCAGAUUCCUCAAUACCAUUAAACAAGACAACUGCAAGAAUA